AUGUCCAUAUAUGGCGAUCUUUCCGAACGCCGGGCGCCCAUUGGCCCGCCCGAGAGGGGCACGUGGGGCCCCGAGCCCGGUCCCGCCCCCCGCCCGCACCGCCCCCAACCGCCCCGCCCGCGCUGCCCCCGGGCGCCGGAGACCCCCAGAAUGAGACCCCGCGCUGACUGGCGCGCGGGCGGGAUGGGUGGGCGCCCCCGGGGGGACUUCAGGAGUGGUCGCAGAGGAGGCCAGGGAGCUGACCUGGGCGCCCCGCCCCGGGACUGUCGCGCGCCGUGGGGGAGGGCCCGGCUGCACCCCGAAACUGCCUGGCCCGGGGCUGGGCGGCACCCGGAGCAGGGCCAUCAAGGCGGGUUCCCGGCACCGGGCUGGGGGAGGGGAGGGGAGGGUGGUGGUCCCGGCCGGCCUCCCUUGCGGCACUGUGGGCCCGGUGUUCCAGGGGAGUCUUGGGGAGCCGUGACUUCGACCCUGUCUGGAUGGGAAGGAGCCGAUCGUCCCCCACCGCAGCCACGACCGCGUAGGCCUCAGCGCCGGAGUUGGGGCACCGUGGUCCCUGACAGUACAGAGACUGGCCCGGUUCUACCACACCCAACGCAUCCUGCCCCUCAAAUCGCAGGCCCGAUUGUCCCCAGGCAGGGGCUCCACUCUGGGUUUGGGGUCACUCUGUUUCCUCUGGGGAGGGGGUGGAGCUUUGUUUCAUUUUAAUGACCUUUGAGCGUUGUAGGGAAACUGAGGCAGGGAAGAAGUCUUGACUGCCUAAACGGUCAACUCCCCCUCUAAACUUGAAGUUGGCACCCUCUCUUCUGUGUGUGUGUGUGUGUGCGCGCGCGCG